UUGGGAAUUAAGACAGAGGAAAUAGAAUAUGAUCAUGUUGAAGAGACAUUGGUUCAGUUGACCGAUUUGAGAAAAGAUUUAAUGAUGCGUACAGGUGAGACAUUAUAUGAAUGUGAACAAUGUGGAAAGAAAUUUAACAGAAAUAGCAAUUUGAAAAACCAUAUGAGAAUUCAUACAGGUGAGAGACCAUACGAAUGUGAACAAUGUGGAAUGAAGUUUAAAGACCACAGCAAUUUGAAAGGUCAUAUGAAGAUACAUACUGGAGAGACUCCAUAUGAAUGUGAACAUUGUGGAAAGAGAUUUCGAAAAAAUAGCAAUUUGAAGAAUCAUGUUAGGAUUCAUACUGGUGAAAAACCAUAUGAAUGUGAACAUUGUGGAAAGAAGUUUAAUCAAAGUAGUCAAUUAGUAAGACAUCUGAGGAUACAUACGGGAGAGACACCAUACGAAUGUGAACAUUGUGGAGAGAUGUUUAAACGUAGUGAUAUUUUGAAAAGUCAUUUAUUUAUACAUACUGGACAGACACCAUUUGAAAGAGAACCUUGUGAACUCAAAUUUAAAGAGGAUCAGAAAGGGAAAAGCCAUGUGGUGAAACACACAGGAGAGAGUACACCAUAUGAAUGUGAACAAUGUGGAAAGAAAUAUAAAUUCAGUAAUUCCUUGAAAUCUCAUAUGAUGACACACACAGGGGAGAAACCACAUAAAUGUGAACUUUGUGGAAGGAAGUUUAGUAGAAGUAAUUUAUUGAAAACACAUUUGUUGACACAUACAGGAGAGAGACCAUAUGAAUGUGAAUAUUGUAGAAAGAAGUUUUAUGACAAUUCCUACUUUAAAAUCCAUCUAAGGAUACAUACAGGAGAGAUGCCAUAUGAAUGUGAACACUGUGGAAGAAAGUUCAGAAGAAAUGACGAGUUAAAGAGACAUUUGCGGACACAUACAGGUGAGAUUCCAUUAGUAUGUGAACACUGUGGGAAAACAUAUAAAGACAAGAACAGUCUGAAAGUUCAUACAAGGAUACAUACAGGGGAGAUGCCAUACAAAUGUGAAUUUUGUGGAAAAGGAUUUACAAACAGUAGCAAUAUGAAAUGCCACAUGAGGGUACAUACUGGAGAGACCCCUUAUGAGUGUGGUUAUUGUGGAAAAAAGUUUAAAUAUAACAACAAUUUUAGUAAACAUGUGAGGAUACAUACAGGAGAAAAACCAUAUGAAUGUGAACAUUGUGGACAAAGAUUUAAUUACAGUGGAUGUUUGAAAGGCCAUUUGAGGAAACAUACAGGAGAGACGCCGUAUGAAUGUGAAUAUUGUGGAAAAAAAUUUACUUUCGGUGGCAGUUUGAGAAAUCAUCUGAGGAUACAUACUGGAGAGAUGCCAUAUGAAUGUGAACAUUGUGGAAAGAAAUUUAGAACUAACAGCUGUAUAAAAUCCCAUCUGAGGAUACAUACAGGAGAGCAGCCAUAUGAAUGUGAAAUUUGUGGAAAGAAAUUUAGUGUCUGCAGCAAUUUCAAAGCACAUUUAAGGAUACAUACAAAAAACCAUGUGAAUGUUGUUGAAACUAAUGUGGAGACUGUCGCAGAUUGAAACACACUUACAGUAAAAAAUACAUUGCAGGAGAAACUACAGUAAAAAGUACAUUGGAGGAGAAACUCCAUACAGUUGAACUUGCCUAAGUCGAAUAAUUUGUAAGUCGAUCUUAUUUUACAUGCCAAAUUGUUGUGAUGUGCCAGUAAACAGUUUUCAAUGCCAUGGAUUCGACUUCGGCAAGUUCAACUGUAAAUGAAGACAUUGUGCAUUAUGCAGUACAUGUAGGCCGGUUGAGGGAUAACAGUCUUGGGGGACAUAGAGGAGUGGAGAUUAUAUGGAUAAAAACAUUGUGAAUUUUUUGCAUGCAAAGUAAUAAUAUAGUAUAAUAGAUUUUGUAGAUUAUUAAAUAGUUAUGUAGACUGUAGACCCCAUGGGGUAUUGCUAUAAAGACCGCAAACCUCUAAAAACACACCGCAAUCUCCACUAAAACCUCUUGAUUAUGAUGGUAUCAUGUAGUUUAGCACUCACUUAGUACCUCAAUAAAAAAAAAUUAAGUAAGUUAAUGUUCAUAAGAACCUAUUUUUUGGUUAAAAUAUUUAUUUUUUGUGAAAAAUACCUGAAAAUACACCACAAAUCUCCAAGAACACACCAGAAACCCAAUCAAAACCUCUUGAUUAUGAUUUUAUCAUGUAUUUUAGGAUUUAUGUGGUAUCUCAAUUUAUUUUCAUAACCUAUUUUUGGGGGUAAAAAGGUAAAUUUUUGAUUAAAAUCUAGUUUUCAUGUAUUUUUCACAAAAAAUCAAUAUUUUACCCCAUCAAUUUAUUUAUUUAAAUAAAAAAAUAUAUUUAGCCAUGUUACUU